UGCCAGAAUGUCACUUCUUGCAGCACUGGGCCUCUCCCUGCCUCCUAAGCUCAUUCCCUGAGGCUGUUCUUACAACCUCGGAGAAACAGCCAGCAACGUUCUUUCCCUACCAGCUGCAAGGGUGGGGAGGGGGAUCAAAACGCAGACCUCACAGUCCAAGGUCAGGACUCUUUCCUGACCCCAGAUUUGGGAAUCCAGAAAGUCCCUUGCCCUCUAGGUGCUGUCUCAUGCCCAUAGGAUCACUCUACUCAUUUAUUCCCUCACUCAUUUUAGGGCAAAGCCUUGCAAGGCAGCUUGCAAAGGAUUAUGAGCUUCAUUGUACUAAGCAGGGAUAUGAUGUAUCUAAAUGGUAAUGAGUAUGAUUCACUUUCAGUCAAGAUUCCCAGUUAAAUUGGCUUUAUCCAGCCACCUGUUGUCCGUGCCCUCUCCAAAAUAGUUCUCUGCCCUUAGGCCUUCCCUGACCUGUUCAACUUGCUUUACCAAUAGGACUGUGCAGCUUCCAAGCCUUUCUGUUUCAGACAGGUUUCAACUGUCCCCAGUCUGGGGUCCUACAGUUCCUGUUAUCCCCAGCCAGCAGGUCUGGAAAUGAUGGGAGUUACAGUCAGCUCCUCUGGAGGUGCCAGGCUGGUCUUCACUCUGUCCUCUAAAGCUGUUCACGUCUGUAUGACAGGCUGUCCUUCGGCAGUUUCAUGGGAGAAUGAUGCAAGCACAGUGGCUCAGGAGAUAAGCGGCAGCAGCAGUUGCUCCUCCAAGAAGAAGGCAAAGUAUGUCAACUUGUACGCAAAGGAAGGCCAAGACAAACUGGCGGUCAUGCUGCCAGGGCGCCACCCUUGCGAGUGCUUGGCCCAGAAACACAAGCUCAUCAACAACUGUUUGACAUGUGGGCGCAUCGUCUGCGAGCAGGAGGGCUCUGGGCCUUGCCUCUUCUGCGAGACUCUGGUAUGCACGAAAGAAGAGCAAGAUGUCUUGCAACGCGAUUCCAACAAGAGCCAGAAGCUGCUGAAGAAGCUCCUGGCAGGCACGGAGAACAGCGGCAAACUGGAUAUGAGUGGCAAGGACCUGCUGCCCCGUCAAGAGGCUCGACUCAAGGCAGGGCUGGAGGCAGCGGUGAAACACAAAAACAAACUGCUGGAAUAUGACAAGACAAGUGUGCGCCGCACCCAGGUGAUCGAUGAUGAGUCGGACUACUUCGCCACCGACUCCAACCAGUGGCUCUCAAAGCAGGAGAGGGACGUGCUGGAGAAGAGGGAGAAGGAGCUGCGUGAGCUGAGGCACGCGUCGCGGCUCUCCAGGAGCAUCACCAUCGACUUUGCAGGGCGACAGAUCCUGGAGGAGCAGGGCAGCAUGGACAGAUACCACCGCAGAUUGGAUGAAACAGUUGAAGCUAUUCACAGUGGGACCUUGACCAAGCCGAAGCAGAGCCCUGGUGGGAAACCUGAAGAAUCUGCAGUCCUUGUGAAUCCAAACCUCCUCCAGCCAGCCCCGGUGUGGGUGGACCAGACUGGUUUGCUCCCACGCAGGAAAACAGGGUGCACUGUAGAGACUGGGAGUGAGACAGACACGGAAAGGAGCCGCUUACGGAUUCAGGACCGAGAAAUACAAGAGAUCUCCGAUGAUGGCUGGUGCCUGAGCAUGCAUCAGCCUUGGGCCUCUUUGCUAGUCAAAGGGAUCAAACGGGUGGAAGGCAGGACUUGGUACACGUCACACAGGGGUCGACUGUGGAUAGCAGCGACAGCAAAGAAGCCGUCCCCCCAGGAAAUCUGUGAGCUGGAGGCUACCUACAGAGUCCUGCUGCAGAAGGAGUUGGAAUUUCCCAAUGAUUAUCCCUCUGGAUGCCUCCUUGGCCAUGUGGACCUGAUCGACUGCUUGUCACAAGAGCAAUUUCGAGAGCAGUAUCCGCAACUGAGCCAAGAGUCAGCUUCUCCAUUCGUCUUUAUCUGUUCGAACGCCCAGGAGAUGAUAGUUAAGUUUCCUGUCAAAGGCAGACACAAAAUCUGGAAGCUGGAUUCAAAGAUUCACCAGGGAGCAAAGAAGGGGUUCAUGAGGCAGAAAGCCGCCGCGUGAGCUGCUGGGCACCGUCACCCACUCCUGUCACCCACCGCUCCUGGCGGAAGAGCGGAUUGCGACCGGGCCGCUGAAACCCACGGAGUGGAAGCCCUGGCGAUGCUGCGGAGGGAGCAGGAGGUGCUGUGGGAAUGCAGGCCCUGGCAAGACGGGGUGGGAGGCGGAAGGGAAGUUGCAAAUUGGGUGCAUAAAUGCUAUACUCAAAACUGAAA